UUUCCCUCUUUCCGGUUCCUCCAGGGACGGCGUCCUCAAUCCAACAAUAGAGAUGGAUACAAAAGUUGUUUUAUAUACAACAUCCUCGCAUCAUGACGCAUGGAGCCAACCAAAGCAAAUAACAUUUAUAUCAGCCAACAUAUUUCCAAAUAAAACCUCCCAUGGUCCAAAUCAGCGGCCCUAUCCGGCUCCACACGCUCUAAAACAGCGACCAAACAAGCCGCUCCUCCGCCACACCUUAAUUUCCCGGGUCCCAAAAACUCACCCACCAAAAACGUUCCCUAUUCCAAUCGUCAAUCCCACCCUUAAUUUCAAACCGCACCACAGAUAAUACUUCUCAUUAGCCCCAAACUCCAUCAGAAGUUGCACCACCAAAUCAUUAAUCCCCUUAAUUCCUACUUCCUUAAUUAACUAAAUCAACUUUUUAAUACAACGACGCAACUCCAAUAAUUGCAGAUGAGAGGAUGAGAAGUGGUAUAGUUUAAACACCAGAUCAUCGGACGGUCUUGAUUGGCCCCGACAUUUAAGUUGCCAGAUUUCCCAAAUCUUGAUCCAAAGAUUUGCCUAAUCUAGUUUAAAAUUCUGCCGUUUCCAAAACUGUCUCUAAUCUCUUUCCUUGGUAGAUUUCCCCGUACCCUUAAAUACUAUUAAUACUUCGUUCUUAAGCUCCCUCCAUCUUCUCCUCUCUUCCCCUCUCCAAAUUUCUGUCUCCUUCUACCACGUUUCUCAUGCCCCCAUCGCCCGCGAGCGGCGACUACGAGCUCCGCCACUGGAGGGUGGUGAAGAAACCCUCCCUCCGGCGGCCGGCGAUCACGAUGGCGCCGCUCGACCUGAACGGCGGCGGCGACUUCGAGCUACAUAACUGGAGCAGGGCGGACACCGGCUACACCAGCCUCCGCGACAUCCUCGCCUCCUCUCCCUCCUCCUCCUCCGCCUCCUACGGCCUCCUCUCCCCCACCCACUCCGCCUGCCCCGGCACCCCCGGCGCCGGCGAGAUUCAGAUCAGGAACCGGCUGGUGAAGCAGGCCGCCUACGCCUACCUCCAGCCCACUCCCUCCUCGUGGGCGUCCGGUACCCCUCGCCGCCGCCACGGCCCCCUCCGGCGGCUUCUCUCCGUCCUCUCCUGCGGCGUCGCCAGCUCCUGCUUGCACUUCGUCGGCCGAUUCCUCCAGUCCAUCCGGCGAUCUCGUCGUUGACGUUGACGCUGACGGCGACAGUAACGGCAGGAGUUACACAUUUCUUUCUCUUUUCCUUUCUUUUCUUUUUUUCUUUUUAUGCUUUUUAUUAACUUUUUGUACAUUGGAAGGAUAGAGACAAAGAAAGAAUGCUAACUGAUUGGGAU